AUGCAACUGCAGCGUCUCUGGCGAGCGAACGCGUGGCUCAUUUUGACACUAUGCUUUACGUGUUUUCUGGCUACUACAACUGCUGCUACCUUGACGAACAAAUCACAAGGCGGAACAACAGCUUCAAGCAAUCUGUACAUUGUUUUAGUGAGCAUUCCCGUGCUAGAUAAGGUGCUGCCGCUCAAGCAUUUAGCUGAAGCACUACUGUCUCGUGGAGUUCGUGUGGGCUUCGCACUGCCAGAGAAUUGUCGUCAAUUGGUGAGCGAUUUGAAUGGACUUGAGUUUAUCUCAUUAGGACAAAUUGUGGGCAAAGGUUAUCGAACAGCGUUGACUCCGAUGAGUUUUGAGGACUUGGGAGUCUACGACAGCCAUUUAAACACGCUGCAUUACUACGCUUCUUUUCAGCGCCCCAUGUACGGCGCUUUGUUGAAACACUUUGAAGCCGAUCGACCAAAUUUGGUUAUUGUAGAUCGGUACACUUUUGCGGGCUAUGAUGUCUGUCAUCGACUGCUGCUUCCUUACGUCGUGAAUGACCCGCAAAUGUUGUACGACAUAGAUUCACCCCCUGCGUACAUUCCUGCCCCGUUUUCGGAUGGCUCCAUACAUACAACGAGCGUACUGGAGCGAUGCGUGAAUAGCUACUUUCGUUUACGCUUUCGAUUGGGAAUAGUGUCUGUGUAUCAGGAAAUUAACGCGGUGCGUCACGAUCAUGGACUUGAACCUAUUGCGAGUAAACAUCAAAUGCACGGUCACGCAUUAGUGCUAGUCAAUUCGGUUUUUGGCUUAGAUGAAGCGCGUCCUCUCGCGCCACAAUUUAAAAUGGUAGGUCUCUUGCAGUCACCGACCUUACAACGUGAGCGCGCUGAAGCCACGAGUAGCGCAGCCAGACAUCGCAGAUUUCCAGCAGUGUUAUUAUCAUGGUUAGAGGCUCCUGAACACGUGAAAAAGCGACUUGUGUAUAUCAAUUUUCAGUCCAUUGGCCCUUUAAGCCAUCAACUCAUUGUAUCGACCAUAAAUUCGUUUGAGUAUCUGAAUAUUCGAAUUCUGUGGAAAAUCACUUCAAAACAGCGAGCAACGUUUGAUAUUCAUAUACGUCGUAAAGAUCCGAUAAUGUUCAUAGGCGAUGAAGUGGAGGAUGCUACGUUGCUCGCGUUAGCACCGGAAAUUGCGUUGCUCAUUACUGCUGGAGACUAUUUGAGCGUACUCGAGGCUCUUGUUGCCGGUGUUCCGAUCAUAGGUAUCCCUCAAUCUGCGGAACAAUCAGAGACUCUGAAUGUUGUGAUGCGAGCAGGAGCUGGAUUGCGAUUGGAUGUCGAAACCUUCACUGAGAGCACACUAAGCAGAUUAGUGGAUUGGAUGGUCAAUCGUGAGUCCGAAAUCUAUAAAACCAACGCUCAACAGCUCGGCGAUCUUAUCAAAACCGGUGGUGGGGUAGAACGUGCAGUAGAUGAAGUCCUGACUGUCGCUGAAUUUGGAGCUCGUCACUUGUUACCAAUGCAUAACUUGCAGCCACUGUACAAGACCUACCUUGUGGACGUCUACCUCAUUUAUGGAAUAAUUCUUUGCGGUGCCGCCAUCAUUCUGCGCACAUUUGCGUCAAUUGUGCUGUCUAAAUAUCAGCCUUUGACGCAACCUGAUUCAAGUGAAGCUGCUGAGAGCCAAGAUGACGCAAAUACCGAGGAUAUGGCUGUCGAAUAA